AUGUAUCAGGAAGGAACUGGGAAAAUAAAAACCAGGAGUGACUCAACAGAGCAGGAAAAUCCGGAGAAACUGAUUGGGCAGAAUUUGGAGGAAGGUUUGAAUCCUCCAGUCAGUGCUCCAGAGAGGAGAACAGAGAAGCGUGCCAAGCAAAAGGCAGCCAAAUUGGCUACAGAGGAGAAAUGGUGCAAAAAGGAUUAUGUAAAAAGAGAUGAAGAACUGGCAGAAGUGUCUGAAUUCAUUCUCCUCGGUCUAACAAAGGACCACAGGCAACAUCAGGUUCUCUUCACACUUUUCCUGCUGCUCUAUGUAGCCUGUUUAUUAGGAAAUGGGGCCAUUCUGGCAGUCACCAUGGCUGAGCCUCGGCUCCACACACCCAUGUAUUUUUUUCUGGGAAACCUUUCUUGUUUGGAUAUAUGCUUCUCUACAGUGACUGUGCCGAAAAUGCUAAGUGGCUUCCUUAUAAAACAUCAGUCUAUCUCCUUUAUUGGCUGCCUCACUCAGCUGCACUUCUUCCACUUUCUGGGCUGUAGUGAGGCUGUUCUUCUGGGUGUCAUGGCAUGUGACCGCUAUGUGGCUAUCUGUAAUCCUCUGCGUUAUACUAUCAUCAUGAGUAAAAGGACUUGUGUUAUGCUAGCUGGAGCCACUUGGGCCACUGGCUUUUUUUAUGCAUUGAUGCACACAGUGGUGACCUCUCAGCUAUGUUUCUGUGGCCCUAAUCUUGUCCCACAUCUUUUUUGUGACAUCAAGCCCCUCCUCAAAUUAGCUUGCAGUAGUACAGCACUAAAUUUUAUUCUGCUGAAUCUUGUCACUGGUUCAAUUGCUUUCUGUUCCUUCUUUUUCACUCUUCUAUCUUAUUUUUACAUCAUCUCCUUCCUCUUCCUUAAAGUCCAGUCAUGGCGGAACCGUUGGAAAGCCUUCUCCACCUGUGCAUCUCACCUGACUGUUGUAGCAAUCUUCUACAUUCCAGUACUGUCAAACUACAUGUUUGCUUCUGCCAGUGGCUCUUCUGAGAAAGAGAUGAUCAUUUCUGUAUUAUACAGUGUCAUCACACCAGUUUUAAAUCCCCUGAUCUACACACUGAGGAAUCAAGAAGUCAGAUCUGCUAUAAGGAAAAUUCUAAAUCAAAAUGUCCCAUUUGAAAGGACCUAAACACUUUUAAUUUUAGAAAAUACAUGAAAUGCUGCUGAGUAUGUUCAAAGCACUCUCAUGGCUUUGAUCCACAUUAAAUAAGAGAGUUCUUUCUAUAACCUCUCCUCCCUUUAAGGGCAUCUUAUGAUGACCUCAAGCCUUUGUAGUUGCUACAGUGGUUUGGAAUAGACUCCCAGAUAGAGCUAUUUUUUUUUCUUCAUGUAUCUUCCAGUAGUCUUUCCAUUUUUAUCAUUUUAAUUUAUUUAAAUUACUAUUGAAGAUUUGUGUUUUAAUUGGGCUUAUCCUUUUAUUGUAUUACACUGAAA